AGGGCGCGAGGCAGGAGGCGGCCGCCGUUACGGCGCGGGCGUGGUCACGUGGCCGCUGGUCACCGCCGCCGCCAGCCCCUCCUGGCCUGUUCUCUCUCUGGUCGGGUCCGGCCUGGCCGGCACCACGAGCGCCCAGCAGAGACUGAGGGAGAGAGAAAGAGGAGGGUAGGAGGAGGAGGAUUCAGGGAGUAGGAGCUGGGGAGCCCUUCUGCGCCACAGAAAAUUUCCAGAGACUUGGUGAAGAUAGGAAAGCUAUCAGAAAGACUAUAGCACUAUUGUACUGUAUUUGCUGUUUUUCCUGCAGCUCAGUCGAGGGAUAACUCAGCUGAUCUCUAUUUCUUGAUUCUUUACUUCCGAUUGGCCAACCAAGACUUUUAUUUGGCAAACUCUGUCGUACAGAACGUGACAUCAUCUAUGACCCAUAACAAGAGCACGUGUUUUCAAGUGUCAGUUAGAUUUGUGGAUCAAUAAAGUUUUCUUGAAAGGUGGUCACUCUUGGUGACAUUGUCCAGUUCUCACAAUGUAUCAUUCCUUAUCUGAAACUAGACAUCCUCUGCAGCCAGAAGAACAAGAAGUGGGCAUUGACCCCUUGUUGAGUUACUCACACAAGCCUGGAGGAGAUUCAAAUCAAAAUGGAAGAAGAACAAGUUCUGCUUUAGACUCUGAUGGAACUUUUAAUUCCUAUAGGAAAGAAUGGGAAGAACUAUUUGUAAACAACAAUUACUUGGCAACAGUAAGGCAGAAGGGGAUUAAUGGGCAGCUGAGAAGCAGCAGGUUCCGCAGCAUUUGCUGGAAGCACAUCACAAACCCGAGGAAGGUUGUUGGCCAGCAAGACUUGAUGAUCAACAAUCCCCUUUCCCAGGAUGAAGGGAGUCUUUGGAACAAAUUCUUCCAGGAUAAAGAACUUCGGUCAAUGAUUGAACAAGAUGUCAAAAGAACGUUUCCUGAAAUGCAGUUUUUCCAACAAGAAAAUGUGAGAAAAAUUCUUACAGAUGUUCUUUUCUGUUAUGCUAGAGAAAACGAGCAGUUGCUUUAUAAGCAGGGCAUGCACGAGCUGUUGGCUCCAAUGGUCUUCACCCUCCACUGUGACCACCAAGCCUUUCUUCAUGCCAGUGAGUCUGCACAGCCAAGUGAGGAAAUGAAAACUCUCUUGAACCCUGAGUAUCUGGAACAUGAUGCCUAUGCAAUGUUCUCACAACUUAUGGAAACUGCUGAACCUUGGUUUUCUACUUUUGAGCAUGAUGGUCAAAAGGGGAAAGAAACCCUGAUGACUCCUAUCCCCUUUGCUAGACCACAGGAUUUGGGGCCAACAGUUGCUAUUGUUACUAAAGUCAACCAGAUCCAGGAUCAUCUACUAAAGAAGCAUGAUAUUGAGCUUUACAUGCACCUGAAUAGACUAGAAAUUGCACCACAGAUAUAUGGGUUGUAAGUAUUCAAGUUUAAAUUUCAGCAACACCUAAUUAUGACUUAUGGUGGUUUCUGUAUGUUUCAGAUUCAUAGAAGUAAGAGUAAGAGCUAUGCCGGCUACAUUACAUUUCAUAUCUCCUUUUGUGUUCUGUGUGCCAGACUCUGUGCUCAUUGCUCUCAUAUGUCCUAUUUCAUCUAACGUUACCCCUUUGUUACAGAGGAAGAAACUAAGGUUUACAAUAAACUUACACAUAUUGAACAGUGAAGUCAUAAUUCAAAUCCAGGCAGAAUUGGCUCUAUCAUCUGCAGAGCCAGCGUAAAAUAGAAAUGAAUGGCCCUUUAAAAAAAGUUAGUGGGAAUUUCAAGAUGGCAACAGCAGAUCAUUAAACCAAGCAUUCUGAGAAGUGCGGGGUCACACUGAUUGUACACAGUGAAGCCCGCCCGGAACCCAAACUAUCCUGUAAGAUAUUCAUGUUCUUUCCAUUUUAUAGUGUGCUUAUCUGCUCUACCCUCAGAAGUGCAUUUCUAAAAGUAAGAUAAAUGUCCCUCACGGUGAAAAUAAUAUAUUAGUCAUCUUCAGCCAGAUGACUUCUGUGGCAUAUGCUAUAGCAGAAUAUGGAGCCAGUUACCCUUAGGGGUGUGUGUGUGUGUGUGUAUGUGUGUGUGUGUGUGUGUGUGUGUGUAUAUGCAUUCAGUGGCUUAUAACAUGAGUAGGCAAAUUAGAAAGAUAGCAACUUUAAUAAAUAUGAAUUAGUUGUGUAGUGCUACAGACAACAAAAUGAUCCUUUAAAUAGAAACAAUAUGACAUUUAUGUCUGGUGCUGGGCAGUUCCCCGGUAGAUAUUUCCUGCAAAUCCCAUCUGUCAACUAGAUAGAACGUGGAAAAUUGAGAAGCUGUUACUGAGAUAUACAUAGUAGAUGCUCAAUGAAUAUGAAUUCAUAUUUCUGCUCUCCUGUUUUCAUGAUGCCUGUUUUCAUUUCUGUGACUUAAGCUUGAUUUCGUCAUUGAGAGCAGCUCUGUCAUUCCCAAUGGAAGUGAGAAAGUUCUGGGGAACGUGGGUCCUUGGCAGCAUUGUACGUUAUUAAUGAACUGGCAUUUCUUACACUUCAAAGUCUAGCUAAUAUAUUUGUGAUUAUAGAGUAAAGAUUUAUUUUAAAAUACCUCGUGGCAAGGUCAGGAGGCAGAUUCUAUAUUCCUCUCUACUCUGCACUCAAAGAAUUGGUUUACUCAAAUACAGAAAUCCAUUUUAUAGCCUCAAGAAUUUUUGCGAGUCUAGAAAUUGGUCUUAAAUAUUGAAGAAAGAAACUAAUGUCAGACACGUUGAUCAUUUCUUUGAAGUGCUCUAUUGUUUGUUACCUCUUUGGCCAAGCUGGUGCUUCACCUUACGGUGGUCGAGGCAUGGACUUGGGUACAAUGAUUUAUAACUAGUGUGUUCUGGUUUCCUUAUCAGACAUUAGUUCACAUCAGCUUUCUCUUCAUAAUAAUGAUUCAUAGAGCUUCUUUGAUAUCCAGCCAGCACCUUCCCAAUAAAAUUCUAUGAUCCAUGACAUAAUUACUCUUAAUCCUUUCAACUUUAUUUUCAGCUGUACUAACAAAAUUAGGGCUUGUGGUAACCAUAGUUGACUCAGUUAUCCCUUUAUUUUUGUAUAGAAUCUCAUCUGCAUUAUCUAAAAAUAUGUAAUUGUUUUAAUCUUUGAAGAAGUCAUUCAUUCUCUUAAUUGGGCUGUACUACAUUUUAUAGUGUAAGAGUGUUACUUUCUCAUAUCACUUAUUAAAGUUGAUUUUAUUAUUUCUAUUUGUGGGACAGUGUGGUUGAAUUUUCCUAUGUGUUUAUGCUACCCUAAGCUGUACUGCUCACCUGUAUAUUUCCUAUUGAUGACUGUUAGAAUCUUUGGGCCCAAAGGAUAAUAUCAGUAUAAUAUAAAAUAGCAGUUAGAAGCACAGGCUUUGAAAUGAAACAGACCUGUUUAACCACCUAGAGCCUUGGUUUCUUCAUCUGUGUAAUGGAGAUGAAAAAUAGUGGUACCUGCUUCAUGGAGUGCCUAUGAAAGUUAAAUCGUAAUAUAUAAAGAUCAGUGUUCAGUUUGGAAUAAACAUUCAAUAUAUGUUUAGCACUGCUUUUGUUGUCAUUAUCUGUCAUUAUAAUUACUGAAUUAGGAUAUCAUGGCUCUAUCAAUAUGAUGUACCAUGUGAUUCAUGCACCCUUCCAGCUCUGGCUUUGGCUUUCUAUGUUUGCUUCACUGAAGCAUACAAGUUUCUACUUAAGUGGAAACAUAAUAGUUAUCCUUUGCACCAGUGGUUCUCAAGAGAUAGUGUAGAAGUGGAGAGUGAACUUUUAGAAACAGAUCAUAGCAAUUUGGCACAAUAAUCUUAUGUCCUUGAAGGUAAUAAAUUUUGUGGGUCUUUAUCUCAUGGAAAUGAAUUGAAAUUGUUUAUUUUAUGUCAUGCAAGUCAUAUUAAUCUAAAUAAUUGCUGAUGCUACUGUCUGUUGCUGUUGGGAGAAAGUUGUUUACAUGGU